CACUGCCUCCCCAAGGUCACCACCAUAGACGCCCGCAGACUCAUUCCGAGUACUCGCUCCGGUCCACUUUUUUUGCCCUUUUAUGUUUUUUUUCUGACAGCCUCGUGCUGCUUUGCUUUGCCAGUCCGCUCUGGUACUGUUGCCGAUCUGCCGUCUGGACUUCUGUCAGUACCGGUAUCUCUCUCUGCCCUACCGAGGGAAAGGGGUGACUUGCCAAUAUCAAGGGCCUAGUAGCGUCACUCUGGUCAUUCUGGUCACUCUCCAGACCAUCCCACGUCCACGUCCACCACAUCCAGUUCGUCGGCAAAAACAAAAUAAAAAAAGGGCCCCUCCUCCCUUCCCGUAUUUCCGACCUUGUGCGUGCGCCUGGUUUGCUUCUUCAAUGUCAAGCUCUUCGGACAAUCUGCAAAUCUGAACCUACCAACCGCUGAACCCUCGGCCAGCCAGCACCGCCGCAUUACAGGUACACCACACUACACCGCGUACACUGCACAUUACCACCCACCGACCGCAUCUUAUCCUGUCUGUUAGACCGCCAGCUUUCCCUGGAGGACACAACUCGACCGAUCCGCUCGUUCUACCCUCCGCAAACACACGAUGCGCCCGGGACCAUGUUGACAACAUCUCCCAUCGUCGCCAGCUCCGCCAAUGCCUCGCCCAACAGCUUCCACUAUGCCCCUACGCGAUCCUCCCCGCACUCGUCUCCUGCCCGGCUUUCGGCCCCUCUGCCGCGGCGGCACUCUGCAUCCAAGUCCUCCCCAUCCGCCACAAUGACCUCACCCUCCUCCCAACCACGCCCGCGACAAUAUGUAGCUGUCGACGCCGGCACCCAAUAUUCCCCCAUGGAGUCCUCGACCCAACAGCAGGCACAAGAUGCCGCCGUUGAUGUCGCCAACGCUCCGCGCGCCUCGGUGCCCGCGACGCUUGUCGAACCCCCACAAACGCCGCGUCCCCAGCUGUUAGACCCGUCCGCACCGCACUCGCCGCCGGCAACGCAAUCACAACCGCACCCGCAACCCCAGGGCGUCGUGGCCCCCGUCAUCCGCGAUGCCUCGGCUAUCAUUGCAUCACCUGGCAAGCGGCGAAACUCCCAAGACCCGGCUGUCGCGCAGGCGGCGAGCGCGUCCGUCGCAGGCGAGUCGUCGUCGAGCGCCGCCAAGCGCCCGAAGCCCACGGCUGGCCCGCCGAAAAUCCUGCCGCAGCGCUAUGAGUUUUGCGGCGUCGAGGACAUGGUUGUUCUGAUAUCGCACAUGCUCUCUGAGCUGAUUGAGACCAACGACGCUCUCGCCCUUCGCUCCGGGAGCCUGACUCGGUUUCAUUCGAGAACCGCACCAAGCAUCUCGGUCCUUGAAUACCUCAAUAGAUUAGCCAAGCAUGCGACGCUGACGCCGCCUCUACUGCUAUCUAUGGUUUACUACAUCGACCGUCUAUGUGCAUUAUAUCCAGAAUUCACAAUUAACACACUUACCGUUCAUCGUUUCUUGAUAACGGCUGCCACGGUUGCGGCCAAAGGCCUGUCAGAUCUAUUUUGGAACAACACGACGUACGCGCGGGUAGGGGGAGUGAGGGUCGCCGAGCUCAAGUUGCUGGAGCUUGAGUUUCUUUACAGAGUAGAUUGGAAAAUUGUCCCAAACCCUGAGGUCCUUGUGGCAUAUUAUCGCGGCCUCGUCGAGCGCUGCCCUGGCUACGCGCUACAAGAGGAGGAGGCAGUAGACUCGGACGAAGAUUUUGAUGCUGUUGAUGACGAUGGGUCGACGGAAAUUUCAGAUGGCGUCGGUGACGACAGUGGAGACUCGCCGGAGGAGGAGAGCCCGGCCAAGUCUGCACAUGGCGAAGACGCAGUAGGGCCGUCGCAGGCUGCGUAACCAGGUCUUCACGAAGAAGGCGUAUUUCACUGGUCAUUUCUGUUUUAAAAUGGGUGGGCAUCACUGCUGCCUCUAGAGGCAUGGCAAAGCGGCGUUUGGUCGGAUGGGAUGUUUUAAAUGUUUAUGAGUGA